UGUCCAUCCAUAAUAACUGAGGGUUUAUGUAUUUCCACCACGCUACGCGAAGGAAUUGGUGAAGAAACGAAAAUGACAAACAGUGUUCAGAAAAAGCCAUGGUGGCAUUGACAUGCAUCCAUCUCUCCUAUUAAGCAGAUGAUGUGCUUAAACCUGCUUGAAUUUGAAAGAGGAAGUACAGAAAAAAAAUCAAUCAAAGGGGACAUCACAGAAACAUAUGAGCUGUGGUGUCCAUCAGCCAAGUUAAGUUACAGAGUUACAGAUUUAAGGACCUGCGUUCCCCUUGGAAGGACAUCAGUAACACCAGGUCACUUGAGUGGAUGUGGAAAGCAGAGAACCUGAGACUCCUUGUUGGAGCGAUUUCGGGUGUGUGAGUAGUAGUGAACUGCCUCAUUAGCAAGCAGAGCUGGGUCAGGUAGAGAUUACUUGUUGCCCCCAGGGGCUAUCCUGUCCACCUGAGUGGUACUCAGCCCAGCACUGCUGGACCCUAACACCUUCACACGCCCCCCACCCCACCCCUGCUGAGAGCCAGAGAGAGGCAUGGGUUGUGGGGGAAGCAGAACCGACGCCCUGGAGCCUCGCUACCUGGAGAGCUGGACCAAGGAGACGGAGUCCACGUGGCUGAACAGUACGGACACGGACAUCCCGCUCUCGUCCAUCCAGAGCAUCCCUUCGGAGAACUCCUCGGACGCGAGCUUCGCCCCUGAGAAAACGGCUAACAUAGACUUCUUUGAUGACGAUCUGCCGGCCCCUGCCCAGGCCUACCUGAAGGUGUGCUCUGCCAUAUCUGAGGUGGCCCUGGUGGACACCAAAGCAGGGGUCAACCCUGGGUCAACCAUCCCCCUCCAUGAGCCUAUCGCCUCCCCUGGCGCCACCACUGUCCAGAAGAGAAGUGUCUUAUGCACAGAAGAGAUAACCAAAUGGCAAGACAACAAGAUGUCCACCAAACAGGUGACCAUCACUGUGACCCAAAGCAUCCGUCAGGUGGACAAGAGUGGGAAGAUCAAGGAGAAAUCGCACACCACGUACGAGGUAAUGACCCCCGUGGAGACUCUCAAGGACGUUGUGGCGGACUCCACUCUGAAAUAAGUCCCGAGCAGGUUUUUUCCCGAGGGGCUUUGACGAGAAGCAUGCCCGUCUGAGUCAUCCACUGCUGACUGAUAGAUGAUGAACACAAGUGCUGUAUGUGCUGGUGGGCAGAUGGGGACCAAACAGAAAGGAUGGAGACGGCACUUAAUAAUCACUCUCUUACGCUUCUAUCUUAGUAAAUUGAAAAAAGGGCCCUGUAGUGGUUUUAAUUGUGUGUUUUUUCUUUGUUGUUUUUUCAAAAUGAUUAUUUUUGACGUCAGCCACUUUGAUGGUUCAGUGUGCGAAAAAGAGAUACUUGAAAAGAAAAGAAGAAAAGGACAUUCUGCUAAAAAAAAAAAAAAAAAAAAACUUGUUGUGCGAAUCAUCACUGUUGUUGGUUAUGAUUAGUUUCAACGUGACUGGGGAGGUAAGAGUGCUCCAAAUGCUGCCCACCCUUACUGGCACAAUUCUGGACAAAUUCUGGAUUUCUUUGAUUCUUAUAUUGGAAGGAUGACAAUCAAGUCACGUGGAUUGUGAACAUGAUCAAGCCUUUAGAUGCCUCAAGACCCUGGUGAAGUCUAAUCAUGUGGAUAUGUUUAUAACACUGAAGCGCAGAUUAAUAGUAAUAGGUUUU